GUAAGUCGAAAAGUGUUAAUAACGUUCAUCGACUCAUUCCAAUCAUAGACGUACACAUUCCAACGAGAAUCUACACAUCUUGCUCACUACAACACGAGACGCUCACCCGACACAUUGCGACUCGUACGAAUAUCAGGCGUACCUCUUGGGAUACUUUCACAACUUGUGUCGUACGUGCACAAUAAAAAUGAAAGCAAUUUACUCUAUGUUUUUUUACAUAUCGUUAGCAAUUGCAUUAUGUCCAUCCAAUGUUUCCACGUUCUGUGGGAACGAUGAACAGAUCGAAGAUUUGAAAACGGCCCUAAUAAUUCACGAAACCAGUUACACAGUAAUGACAACAUUGAGCGCAAUACCGAUAACCGGUGCGGCGUUAACGUUCGUACACGUGAUGUCUGCCGGUCAGUUUGCUUUGCGAUUGAAUGAAGCGUUUGAUGAAAUGGAAAAUUCUUUGAAUAAGAAUCAUAUAAACUACAGUCAGUGUUUAGAAAUCUUAGAAAAAACGGAAACAGCAAACACAGUCAUCAAGUCAACUGGUCUUGGGUUCUCUCUUGCGUCAAUGAUACCGGGUGUCGGUUUGGCACUUUUACCUCCGAGGAUAGCUGCAUCGAUAUCUGCUAUGUUCCUUAUAAGAGACGGUUUAGCAUUUUGGCAAAAGACCGGUUGCCAAUAUGCUACAACAAGAGAUUGUUAUUUAUAG